CCUCCACCUCCUCACGCGCGCCGCGUACAAAACCCAGCUGCCGCCCAGUGCCGUGCUCGUGCCGCCGCCAGCCGCGCCGACGACCGGGAUGCGGAAGCUGAGCGCGCCCAGGGGCGGCGGGGCGAAGCUGGGCGUGCUGGCCUUCGAGGUCGCCGCGCUCAUGUCGCGGGCCGCCGGCCUCUGGCGCGCGCUCGGGGACGCCCAGCUCGCGCGCCUCCGCGCCGAGGCCAUCCGCCUCGAGGGCGUGCGCCGCCUCGUCGCUGACGACGACGCCGCGCUCCUCGCGCUCGCGCUCGCCGAGGUGGCCGCCGCGUGCCGGGACCUCUCCCGCGCCGUGGCGCGCCUCUCGCCCCGCUGCGCCGACCCGCUGCUCCGCCGCUUCGACGCCCUCUUCGCCGCCCUCGUCAAGGGCGGCGCCGACCCGCACGGGCUGCGCUACGCCUCUGAGAAGAAGAUGGACCGGAAGGCGCGCAAGAUGCAGCGCCUCGUCGCGGCCACGGCGCACCUGUGCCACGAGCUCGACGUGCUCGACGAGCUCGACCAGGCCCUGCGCCGCGACGCCCACGCCAGGCAGCGCGCGGCGACCGGAGGGGACUCCGCGCGCCGCGUGGCGCGGCAGAGGCAGGAGGUGGAGCGCCUCCGCGCGGCAUCGCUCUGGAACCGGACCUUCGACUACGCCGUCCGGCUGCUCGCCAGGUCGCUCUUCACCAUCGUCACCAGAGUCGUAGAGGUGUUCGACCUGCAACUGGAACCCACGAGCAUCUCCAUCUCUUCCUCCAUGGAUGAUGACUCCAAGGUCUCGCGGCUCUCAUGGAGCAGCUCCUUCGUCAGCACCAGCACGCACUCCAUGGUGUACCCUUCCGACGUCGUCGCGGCGGACGCUCCUCGGAGGAUGCUGCGUGCGAGAUCCGGGAAGGCUGCGGUUGGCGACGCCCGUCGGUUUCUCAUGUCCAGGAGCAAGAGCUUGAAGCAGCUCAGGUGGCCGGCGGCUGGCAGGCACCUCAUGGGCUGCGUUGUCAUGGGGGAGAGCAAUUCCCCUGUGGGAGGCGGGUGGAUCAAUGGCGACACCGAGCUCCCACUGAGUUUCAGCUACAUAUCUGCAGCCAGCAACGACGAUUACAGCAGCGUCCACUUCCAGCCCCAGUCCCAAGCGGAUCGCGCAAACGCCAAGCCUUCGACGGCCGUGUUCGAGUCGUCGGGCAACGUGCUGACCACCGCGCCGGAGACGUCCCUCGGCGGCGCUGCCCUGGCGCUGCACUACGCGAACCUCAUCAUGCUCAUCGAGAAGCUCGCCAUCUCACCUGUCCACAUCUCCUCCGACGAGAGGGACGACCUCUACGGCAUGCUGACGGGCAGCAUCCGGGCGUCUCUCAGGGCGCGCCUCAAGCCGUUCGCCAAGAGCCCGCCCUGCGAUCCUAUCCUGGCCGCCGAGUGGUCGGACACGGUGCAGAGGAUUCUGGGAUGGCUGGCUCCGCUCGCCCACAACAUGAUCCGCUGGCAGGCCGAGAGGAACUUCGAGCAGCGGAACGUCGCGUCCAGCGCUAGCGUCCUGCUCCUGCAGACGCUGCAUUUUGCAGAUCGGAGCAAGACUGAAGCUGCGGUGACUGAGCUGCUCGUUGGUCUGAAUUACCUCUGGAGAUCUGGGAGGGAAGCUUGAUGUGAAGGCCAAACUAGAGUCAGCAGGUUAGCGGCAACUACGAUGCUCGUGCAGAUUGCGUCGGGCGACAAGUGUCAGUAUCAUGUCUGAAAAUCGCAGCCGGCUGGCGAAGUGGAAACUGAACUCGACGAGUUGGGGAUGCGUAUGCAGAGACACAGCAGAUUUCAGACAAAAACAAUCCCUUGCUAAUUUUGCUCCGUCAGCGAUAAUCCUUAGAUGCAGGCAUCAAUCAACGAGUGCGUCAGCUUGUAAUGGAUGCUACUGUUUUUUGUCAACUUGUGUAGUUCGGAUCGAUAAAGAGCUGUAGUUAUGUACUACUAAAUAAAUAUGGAGGCACGUCUGAUUUACAGAUUAUCUGUAACAUUUUCUGAGGUCACCAACAGAAACAGAAAAAGACCACUACCAUUAUGUC